AUGUUCGCUCCAACGGCGCGGCUGCUGCAGCGCGUCUGCCGACUCACGCUCUUUACGCGCCAGGGUUGUGCGCUUUGCGACAAUGCGAAGGGCGUCUUGUCGAAUGUCUGGGAUAAGCGCCCCUUCGAGUACACCGAGAUCGACGUCAUGGCUCCCGGCCAACAGAAGUGGAAGGACGUCUACGAGUUUGAUACGCCUGUGAUUCACGUGGAAAAGCAGCCGGCGAAAGACGGCCAGGAGACGACACUAGCAGCCCGGAAAUUGAUGCAUCGCUUCAAGGAGGAGCAGGUCGAGGCACUUAUGGACGAGGCGGAAAAAGACCCGACCCAGUAG